UGCCGCGAGUUUUCGAACGGAGCCCGCAGAUUCUGCAGAGAGCGGACAGAUCAGGACACUAGUCUUCCCUUCUUAUUAUUUAUUACAGUUUUACUGCUUUUUUAACUUUUCACAGCGAGAUGGACUGCUUAAACGUGUGCCCAAUUUUGCCCAACUCUCCCAGAAGGACAAGAGGUCAAAUUCAGGUCAUUUUUGGACCAAUGUUCUCAGGAAAAAGCACUGAAUUGAUGCGGAGAGUGCGGCGCUUCCAGAUCGCUCAGUACUGCUGCUUGGUGAUUAAAUAUGCUAGAGACACUCGAUACUCCCUGACAGGAAUGGCCACACAUGACAAGAACACAAUGGAAGCUGUACCAGCCAGCUGCCUCAGAGAUAUGCGGUCUCUGGCCCUGGAGGCUGCUGUCAUUGGUAUCGAUGAAGGACAGUUUUUCCCAGACACAGUUGAAUUUUGUGAGGAAAUGGCCAACAGGGGAAAAACUAUUAUCGUUGCAGCACUUGACGGUACAUUCCAGAGAAAGCCUUUCGGCAGCAUUCUGAACCUGGUUCCUUUGGCAGAAAGUGUGGUAAAGCUGAAUGCUGUCUGCAUGGAAUGCUUUAAAGAAGCUUCCUACACUAAGAGACUUGGAGCAGAGAAAGAGGUGGAGGUGAUCGGAGGGGCAGAUAAAUACCAUGCAGUGUGCAGAGCGUGUUACGGAGGCCUGAUGUGCGAUAAGGAAAACAGAGACCCUCUGAGGGAAGAGACCCCCCCUCAAAUUAUGAAUGCUAAGCAGUUGGACCACAGUGCAUCUCGCAAGUUGUUUUCCACGCUUCAUUUAUGAGUGCGCGAAACAUCAGAGAGCAGAACUAUAGACUGAUCAGCAUUAUCUGCAGUUGGAGGAUUGUGUCCUCUCUAAAACUUCAGACAAAAUUUCACAUCACCAGAAAUUCAGCAUCUGCUCUUGGUAUUAGAUUGAUUCUUAGUUAUUUAAGUUGAUCUUUUUUUAGCUUAGUAAAUGAAUCCAAAGUGGUGGUAUGAGGUCGGGUUUGGGUUGUUUUGUUUUGUUUUACUUGUAUGUACUUUUGUUUGUAUAUGUAUAUAUAAUAUAUGCAGUUAGACUGUGUUUACCAAACAUUAACACUGCCAAUGAAUAUUGUGCACUGUUGUAAAAUAUGUACCAUUUUUGUUUUGUUUUAUUAAAUAAUAAAUUUUA